GAUCUGGGCUAAGCCCCGCCCCUGUGUACCAGGCUGGUGUCCGCCUCUGUGUCCCUGGUCCUGCUUCCGGUGGUUGCGCGGCACAUCACGUCCGGCGGCUGGGGUGGGGGUCGCGACCCCUGACCCGCGGGCAGCGGGCACCAUGGUGCUGGUGCUGGUCGUGGUGUCGUUGGCGGCGGGUGCGCUCGCGCUCUUGCUGCUGGGCCGGUGGCUGCUGUCCCGCAUCGUCACUCAUCUCAUCCACAACUGGCUGCACCUCGACCUCAAGAUCGGCUCCGUGGGCUUCCUCUCGCUCCACAACAUCAGCAUCAACAUCUGUGCUCCGUGGACUGUGGAAGUGGACAGAAUCUGGCUCUCCUGUAAGCUGCUGAACCAUGAGUUACCUCACUACCUCGGCCUGUGUGUGGGAGAGGUCCGCUUGCAAGCGGACUUGCAAGCUGCUGCUACGGAUCAAGAGGCAACGGAAGCCGCUCCCAGGGAGAACUCAGGGAAGAAGCACUGGGCCCUCCAACCCUCAAUGUUGCGCCUGGUGUCGCAGCUGCUUACAGUCCACGUGUACUCCAUGAAUGUGAUGGUGCUGAAUGCCGGUAUCCUGGAAUCCCUGUGGCAUGUGGCCGUCUCGAGCUGCAUGUUUGUCUUCUGCUGUAACGGCAGCAGCAUCAAGUGUGAGGGCAGUGUGAGGAAAUUGACCAGCAAAUGGAUAAAGAGCAGCCAGCUGGAGGAUUUCUGCCUGGCGGACGCGUCACUGAGCCUGGCGGUGACUGUGGUCAUCAACCUGGCCAACCUGAAGGCCCUCAACACGGAGCUGACCAUCGAUGGGCUGAAGACCGAGCUCCACGAGGGAUUCUUCACCUCGCACCUGCUCCAGACCACACUUUCGCAGCCCAAGGUGCUGCAGAGUGAGACUGACCUAGUGCAGCAAGGGCCCAGCACCGAUGUGGAAGAAGAUGACAGAGAGGAGGAUGCCCUGGCUUACAGGCCUGCCUUCAUGAAAUACCUGCCGCAGACAGUUACGGUGCAGAUGGAGAACAUGAACGUCACGCUGUCAUUAAACAGCCAGCAGAGGCAUCUACACUGGAGCCUGAAGUCGUUGAAUUUCCACUACAAGCUCGAUGAUCUUUACCGCUCCAUUCAGCAUGCCUUCCUGCCUCCCAUCACCAUCCAGUUGAAUUUCAAAGAUGGACUGCUCCUGUCCCAGAGUCGGCAGCGGAUUGUGACCCUGGCCAACCUCAGCAGUUCCCUGCAGAUCACGGGCAUUGACAUCUCUGCAUCCGUCAUCAUCCACACGUGCAUCGUUCACUAUCGCCACUCAGAGUUUUCACACUGGCACGCCUUGCUGCCGAGCAGCUCCGCAGAGCCAAAAGCUGCAAGAGAAAGGUCCUUACCUCAGCUCAAGGUCCCCAUCAUCCUCAACUGUUCACUGACCAACGUGAGCGGCUCCCUCCAGUUCUUCAAGACACCCACCUUCGCACUGGGUCUCGGCUCCGUAACUGCAGACACCCAGCACCUGAAGGCCCGCAGUUCGCAUUGGCGUGGUAACCUGGCAGUGAGGAACCUUUGGUGGCGAGCGGGUGAUGGGUCACAGGUACUGAGAGCCCCACCUCCAGCCAAGACGCACGUGUGGGGAGAUGUUCUGGUGGUGGAGACGUUCAAUAUGCAGGUAAGAGAGGUGAGGUGGCAUCACACUGGAUGGAGGGUGGGUAACUGGGCCUGUCAUGAGGCAUGUCCCACUGUGCGGCUGAAGUCUGGUGUGUUGUGUGAUUGGGGAACUCUGGGAUCUCAUCUCCAUUUGACUGGUGCCUGGCCAGGCGAGUCCCACUGUGACGGACGCAGGGAAAUGUGUGCUUUGGAGAAUGUCGGCGUCGAGCCCACUGUGACUGCAGUGGGACCAGUGUCCUGUGUGAGUACCACUCGUUGCCGCGCGUGGGAGGGUGCACCCGGCCUCUCACUCUCCCGUCUCUGCCUCCAGGGGAGUUACAGUCAAACCAAGUCUCUCUUGGGCGAUCACGCCGGGAAUCUGCACCUGGACAGCAUGGUGAGCGAGCUGCAGCUGGAGGUCUCGGAGACGGCCGUGGAGUGUCUGUCCAAGGUGCUGGCCCUGAUGCAGGGAGGUGAGCAGGAACCUUUGGCAGAGAGCCCAGACAAUGGGGGAUAUACUACUGCAGAUUUGGACUUCAAGAGUGGACAAAAGGUCCAAUUCUCGAAAGUGGACGUUAAACUGGAACAUAUCACCCUCUUCUUUCUCUCCAGUACAGUAGGUGCCAGCAUUGUACGGAUGAAAUCCUUGUCCAUUAAGAACAACACGGACAGCUUAAUCAGCGAGGUGGAGAAUUUAUCCUUGGUAGUGGAGAAGGACAUAAAGAGCAGCAUACGGCUUCUGUCCAAUGUGGAACCUAUCUCCAAGCAACUCCUCUCUGUGUCCCAGUUCACUGCAGCGUUCUUCAUGCAUGGCUGGUCCUUCGAGCUGAGCUCAAUCCAGGACGUCAGCGUGCAUUGGGACCCUCCCAGACACAUGCUGCUGAACCACCACCUGCAAGAGGCGGCCUUCCUCCAGCGCAGCCUGCGUGCCAACCUGCCGCAGGGCCGGCCAGCGGGGAGCGGUGGCGGCAAGGUCAGAAAGCUCCUCCAUCUGGCGCUGGAGCUGAAGAACCUGGCGGUGAUGGCAAGCCUGGGCCCAGAGCACCAGGUGCAGCUGCGGGCAGAGAACCUAGUGGGCACGACACAGGCCGGGGGCAGGAGCCUGCAGGCCUCCCAGGUGGUGCUCAGCUUCGACGGGCACGACAUCUUCUUGGCCAAGGAGGCCGACGUGCGGGGAGGGGAUGCGGGCGAGCGGGAGGCCCAACUGGGGGCCAAGAACCGGCUGUGGACCCUCCAGCUGUCUAGCCUGGCCGUGGAGUUCCCCUUCCGCUACGACUUCUCCAGCGCCUUUGACCGCUGUGUGACGGUGGUCAAGUGGCUGAAGGCCUUGCACGGGUCGGGCGUCGGUGCCGCCGGGGUCGAGGGGUCAGAGGGGCCGCUGCCCCCUGACCUGUCGCUGCGGGUGGGCCAUUUCUCCAUGGUGCUGCUGGACAGCGUGUUCGAGGUGAAGCUGCGGGACGACUAUGAGCUGAUGAAGGACGAGAGCAAGGAGAGUGCAAAGCGACACAAGCUGCUGGACGCCCGGGUGACCGCUCUGCGCAAGCAGCACGGCGAGCUACUGCCCGCCCGCAAGAUCGAGGAGCUGUACGCCGCCCUGGAGCAGACCAACAUCAACAUGUACGUGCAGCGCUCACAGCGCCUCUACGCCAACACGCCCAUGCGCAAGGCCCUGCUGACCUGGGCCGUCAGCGAGCUGGAGAUCGGCGCCGCCGCAGAUCACUCUGCCCACGGGCACGGACCGGUGCAGGAGGAGAUGCGGAGGCUGGACCGCGUCAGCCCCUUCCCCCUGGACGGCCUGAGGCUGCUCAUCCAGUGGUGCCGGCGCGUGACCUUCAAAGCCAAGGCCUUUCUCGUACGAAUCCGUGACUAUCCUCGGUACCUGUUUGAGAUACGGGACUGGAAGCUUUCGGGGAAACUGAUUGGGGCGGAGGAGGACGGGUGCACCGGUGCCAGGCGCAAGGUGCAACUGCCCCUGGGGGCUCCCUGGGGGGACGUGGUCAUCGAGAGGAACAUGCCCCCUUUGAAAUGGUACCACGACUUUGAGAGCCAGAUCUCCCUCUUCACCAUCGUGUGGGGUCCAUGCUGGGACCCAGCCUGGACACUGAUCGGGCAGGCCAUCGAUCUCCUCACCAAGCCCACCAUUGAUCCCAGCCCCCCUCUCACCUGGUGGGACAAGAGCCGGCUGCUCUUCCACGGGAGCUGGAAGAUGGACAUCGAGCAGGCCAACCUACAUCAGCUCGCCACUGAGGACCCCUACAACACCACGGAGAACAUGCACUGGGAGUGGAGCAAGUUACAUUUCAAAUGGAAGAACUGUGAAUUCAGCUUCGAAGGAGACCUGGAUGUCAAUGUGCGAACAGCAUCAAAGUACGACGACUGCUGUUUCCUUCACCUGCCUAACCUGCGCCUCACCAUUGGCCUGCAGUGGGUCUCCCUCGGGAACCCCUUCGACCACCACAGCGUGGCACUGUGCGCCCCGCACAGCUUGGAAGCCUUGCCGGAGGGAGAGGUGCACGAUUCCUAUAAACUCUUUCGAUCCCUGAACCUCAACCUGUCUGUGAUGAUGAACCUGGAUGCGGCAGGAAAAGGAAGGACAGAGUCGCGCAUGCUGUUGUACAGCAGUACUCUGCGCUGGAUGCAGAAUUUCUGGGCAAUGUGGACGACGGUCUCCAGACCCAUCUGUCGGGGCAAUCUCUUCCAUAAUCUGAAGCCAAGCAAGAAGAAGCUGAGCCAACAUUACAAGCUAGCCUCCUUCAACCCUGUCUUCCCUCAGUUACAGGUUCAUUACUGGGCAUCGUUUGCCCAGCAGCGCGGCAUCGAGCUCCAGUGCUCCCAAGGGUAUGUCUUCACCCGAGGAACCCAGAGGUUCAUUCCCCAGGCAGGGGGCUCGGUGCUGCGACGGCCCAUCUCCGAGUGGAACGUGACGGAGAUGUGCAGCGAGCUGAACCUGGUCACCGUCUACCUGAUGACGUCGGCCGCAGAUGAGAGCACCGAGCAGAGGCUGGACGCACAGGUCACCAAGACCCACCUCCUCAGCCUGUCCUCACUCAGCUAUCAGCGGCAGAGCGGUAGAGUGGAGGAGGAUGUAUCGGUGAAGGAGGAGAGGAGCUACACACACAAGCUGUGCCUGGUUUACCUCCGAGCAUCCUGGACCCCAACCAACCGCACUGUGGCUUUCGGCCUCUACGACGGCUACAAGAAGGCGGCCGUGCUGAAACGCAACCUGUCCACCGAGGCGCUGAAAGGGUUAAAGAUCGACACCAACCUGCAGUCCAAGAAACCCAAGCGCCCGCCCCCGCCACCCCCCACUGUCUCCACUCCAGAGGACAAGAAGACGGAGCUGAAAGCGCAGGAAUCGGCAGGGAGCAGGGCGGCAGGGGGCCUGCGUACACAAGCAGCCAGGGGAGGUGCCUCCAUGCUGCAGAGGCUGAUUGAGGAGACGGACAAGUUUGUGGUUUUCACGGAGGAGGACUCCGGGGUGUGCGACCAGCUGUACGGGAGUGCCGCGUGUCAGACGGACGAUGUGAUCAACCGCAACUGGCUGAUCGAGCUGGUUAACUCCCAGGUGAUGUUGAGAGGUGCAGAGACGGAAGGCUGCGUGUUUGUGAGUGCCGCCAAGGCGCAGCUGCUGCAGUGCCUGCACCACCCAGCCUGGUACAACGACACGCUCAAGCAGAAGACCACAUGGACCUGCCUGUUGGACGGCAUGCAGUACUUUGCCACCAUGGAAACCAACCCUGAGGAGAAGGAGGAGCAGCAGCUGUGGCUGGAGGUCAAAAGCAUCGAAGAGCAUCGGAGCCGGAAUCUGGACUCGGUGGCGGAGCUGAUGGAGAGCGGGCAGGCCGUGGGAGGAAUGGUCAGCACCACCACAGACUGGAAUCUCCCCACUCAAGGCUAUGAGACCCAGCAAGUACAGAGGAUAAUCUCCCGCUGCAGCUGCCGCAUGUUCUACGUCAGCUACAGCCAUGACAUCGAGUCCGAGCUGACAACCCAGAUCAAGCCGCCCGAGGUCCAUGAAGACCAGAAGGAGGACCUGCUGAAGAAGCAGAACGGUGCCGUGGACACAUUCACUCUGAUCCAUCACGACCUGGAGAUCUCCACCAACCCUGUGCAGUACGCCAUGAUCCUGGACAUCGUCAACAACCUGCUCCUACUCGUUGAACCAAAACGCAAAGAGCACAGCGAGCGGAAGCAACGGGUCCGGUUCCAGCUGGAGAUCUCCAGCAACCCGGAGGAGCAGCGCAACAGCAUACUGCACCUGCAGGACGCCGUCAGGAUGCAUGUCACCCGGAUCCGGCAGCUGGAGAAACAGAUCUACCUGAUCGUCAAGUCAUUGCAGGACGACAGUCGGAGCAGCACGUUGCUGAACCAGAGCCAUGACCUGCAGAUCCGCCUGAACCAAGAGAAGACUGAUCUACAGGCCAAGAGCGAGGAGCUCAACAUCCUCAUCAGGUGUUUCAAGGACUUCCAGCUGCAGCGGGCCAACAAGCUGGAGCUUCGCAAGCAGCAGGAGGACGUCAGCGUGGUGCGGCGCACCGAGGUCUACUUCGCCCAGGCCCGCUGGCGCCUGACCGAGGAGGACGGGCAGCUGGCCAUCGCUGAGCUGGAGCUGCAGCGUUUCCUGUAUAGCAAGGUGAAUAAAUCAGACGAUACUGCUGAGCAUCUGUUGGAGCUCGGCUCCUUCACCAUGAACAACCUGCUCCCAAACUCCCUCUACAAGGUGGUGCUACGUCCCCAGAACCCCUCACAGUCUGCCCGCCAGCUCGCCCUCCGGAUCUUCAGCAAGGUCCGGCCCCCGGUGGGAGGGAUCUCUGUGAAGGAGCACUUUGAGGUCAACGUCGUUCCACUGACCAUUCAGCUGACCUACCAGUUCUUCAGGAGGAUGAUGGGCUUCUUCUUCCCGGGCCGCAACGUGGAGGAGGAAGAGACGGGCGCGGACGAGGAGGACAAGUCGAAGCUGGUGACCACAGGGAUCCAGGUCGGUGUGAAGUCUCGGCAGCACAUUCCCGAGGACUCAAUCAGCCUGGGAUCGGGGAAAGGAGUCACAGCAGGAUUAAACAGGAGCUCAGGAGUCCGAAGGUCCUUCCGGAAGCUUCCAGAGCAUCCAGUGGACGAUAUCGAUAAGAUGAAGGAGAGGGCAGCGAUGAACAACUCUUUCAUCUACGUGAAAAUUCCUCAGGUCCCGUUGUGCGUCAGCUACAAGGGUGAGAAGAACAUCGAGGACUGGAAGGACUUCAACUUGGUACUGCCCUGCCUGGAGUACCACAACAACACCUGGACCUGGCUCGACUUCGCCAUGGCCGUCAAGAGGGACAGUCGCAAGGCUCUGCUCGCCCAGGUGAUAAAGGAGAAGCUGCGGCUGAAGCCGGCCUCGGGCAUGGAGUCGCGGAGCCGUAUUACGGAGCCCAAGACGGACGGUAACCUGCAGCAGCAGGAGGAGGACGAGAAAGCCCGGCUGCUGAUCGGCUCCAAGCUGCUUCCCGGAGACAAGUCGUCAAGCAAGAAGUCGCUGUUUGGGAAGCGGAAGUGAGGAGGGAGAUGGAUUCUCACACUCCACGUCCGGACACUCCCAACACCACAGGAGGUAGGGUGGGUCAGACGUUGCACAGCCAGUCACCCCUCUUACCCCACCAGCCUCUGAGCUGCAACCCCAGGCACUUUCACUGUUGUAAAAUUGUGUAAAGAGAAAAUUAUUAUAGACGUUUAAAGAGUAAACUGUGAUGUAAUUAAUAUUUACACAAAGUUGCACUGUUUUGUAACUGUAAAAUUUGUAAUUUACUGAUAUUUUCUGUCUUUGAACUAUAAUUGUGAUUUUAAAAGAAAUUGUCUUUGUGUACAGUCGCUCCCCAUUUACCAAAAAUAAGUUCUGGAAACUUUAGCCAAAUUUUUAUGAAAGAUAUCUAGCCUGGAGUUUGAAUACUCGUCAGUGGCAGGGUCCCUGUGGUGUGUUGGGCUCUGUUCAGGGCUAGUCCCUGAUGUAUGCAGGUGCUUUCUUCUAACACCUGUCACAGAGGGUCCCUGGAUGAUACGGUUGGUGUUGUUCUCUCUCUGAGGAUGUCCCUGGGUGAUCCCGUUUUUCUUGUGCUAGUUCCUAUUUAUGAACGCUUCCCGAGUAACCCAUGGUGAUGUUGGUCUUUAUUCUGGAGUGAUUGCUCCAAGGUUUGUGUUGGUUUCUGUUCAUGGAUGGUCUCUGACGCUCCCCAUUCAAGGAUGCUUCCCGAGGAUCCAUCUUGGUGUUGGCCCUGUGUGCUUGGAUGGUCCUUCGGUUUACAAGUGGAGACACAAAAGACCGCGGAUGCUGGAAUCUGAUGCUAAAAAAAAAAAAUAUUGGAGGAACCAGUGGGUCAGGCAGCAUCUGUGAAGGGAAGUGGACAGACAAUGUUUCAGGUCGGGACCCUUGUGUCUAUUUCCUUGUAUAGGUCCUGCCUACCCCGCUGAGUUCCUACAAAACUUUGGUUUGUUUGCUGGUUUACGAGUGAGCACCUUUUCCCCCGGCCAUCCCAUGGGCCUCUGUCACACACCUUCAGUCGAUGGAACCUUGGACAUAUCCAGUAUUAGAAGAAAACCAUCUCCUUCAACUCCCACCCGUAUUCUUCAUCCCACCCUCUCUAAAUCCCCAGAGACAAAUCCAGGAUAGCAACCAGUCACUGGGUGUCCGUUUAUUUAGUGUUUCUUCUUUAAACCUUGUGGGGAAACAUCUGAGUCUUUUUUUUUUAAUAAUGGAGGCAGAUUUUGCUUUAAUUUUUAUUAGGAGGAAAUAGGGUUUAAACAUAUUUAAUUCCCUCUCUUUAGAGUCUUGUCCACCAUAAAUGUGGAGACUGUAAAUGAGGGCUGAACCUGCCAACGCACCCCCAAUCCCACACCCUCCCGGUUGGCUUGGUGAAGGUGCCGUCCUCCUGCUUGUAGGAACCUGACCUGGGCUUCACAGUGCGAGCACUCUGGUCUCUGGGCCGUUUCACCCUGCCUGUUCUUCCAACACACUGCCACAGCUCGAGUCAGGACUCUUCCUAAACACAGACCGUUGCCUGUGGCGGGACGGCCCCUGAUGAGCACAAAGUUAUCUCAAGCUAUCUUUGAUGUAAUCAAUGUGUUGCUUUUAAAGAAUCGAUUUUUUUAAAUGCAGGUGCUGCUGUCAGUCACAGGUUUCACUGUAACAGGUUCAUGUAACAUUUUGGGUGUGCAUACAAAAAUUACUGCAGAAACCAAGGAAUAAAGUUGUUUUGUAACAA